AUGGCGCCUACCAGAAACGCUCGAGGCUUCAGGCGUGUCCUUCAAGCCUGUGAGAAUUGUCGACGUAAAAAAACUCGCUGUCCAGGCGAAAAGCCGAGAUGUUCCAAUUGUACUCGCCUGCGUCAAACCUGCCAUUAUUCUGGCAGCGAAUUGAUCAGCGAGCAACCUCGUGAAAACUCUGGCCGCAAUCUCGAGGAUCGACUAGCACAACUUGAAGAGAAAAUGGAGAUGAUACUGGACAGACCUAGGGAUUCCCCACGACAGGGCGAAACUCCUCACUCUACGCGUGAACGCAGCGAAACAGCAUUCAUUACAUCCCCCGCUGCUCAAAUAUCAUCGGUGUCGUGUUCCAGUCUCCUGCCCUCAAAAGAGGUCAUUACCAAAGCUAUAGAUAUCUACUUUCUGUGCAGCCACCGACAACCGUUAUGGCUUUUCGAUCCCGCCGACGCACUCUCUCCGGACUCUUGCGAGGAACUCGUCUUUGCAGUACUGGGUCUCAGUGUGCAAUACGCCCCAGAUGACUUCGUCGGUGCUCAGAUACAAGCUCCAGAAGCAUAUAACGCCGCAGCUCGGAGUCUGAUCAUGCUGAGAAUGGCUAAUGCUACCGUUAAUUUCUCUACUCUUCAGGCUCUAUGCCUGCUGGCUUUCUCAAACCUAGUUUCGAACGACUGUCAACUGGCAGCCCUUCAUGCGACGCUGGUAAAGAAUCUUCUACAAUGCUCUGGCGUCGAUUCUCAGCUAGGACAAGAUCGGACGCCGGUAUUCGAGGAGCAACGAAGAUUGUUUUGGAGUGUUUCCACUCUGGAUUCGUUAUGUGGCUUACAAGUCAAGGUUCCCUCCCUCCUUGAUGAUAUCCAUAACCCUCGUUAUCUUGCCGUUGAAGGAAUGCUUCAACAAACCACCGCACCGUGUCCACUCCUCCCUCAAGAUUUAUAUACGGACGAUGGGGAAAAAUCGAUUGGGAUUUGGGGUCACAUGGUCAGAAGUGCCACCCUUUGGGGGGAGGUCAGAAACUAUGUCUCCAGAUGUGCAGAAGGUCAAGUGAGAGCGCCGUGGCAGCCCACGUCGGGUUACACCAUCAUCAACUCGCACCUUCUCGACAUGGAAUGCGCAUUUCCAACAUCCUAUCGCUACGACUCCGCCAAGUUCGUAGAACAUACCAAUGAAGAGAUCUUCGAAAAGCGACAAUUCUGGCUCCCUUGGAUGAAGAUACAGAUAACCUAUCAUACCAUUCACUCUGUACUGAAUCAUCCGUUCUUAUACUCGUCACGAGCGUCCAAGCCACGGCCUGGGCCCAAUGCUUUCUGGAGAACGUCAACUGACUUGGCUUUACUGCACAGUACCUGGAUAGCUCGUCUCAUAGGAAUGGCCAACAAGAAGGGCCUCAAACUGGCCGAUCCAUAUUUUGCACACGCGGCGGCCGUUGCCGUCACAUUACAUUCAUAUUGGUCCCGUGCGACUGACUCGAGGAUAAGAGUCCCGGCAGUAAACAACCUGGAGAUAUGCAGAUCCUUCAUUACCGAAAUGGGUUGCCACUGGCCCAUCUGUCGAUCAAUUGCGGAAAAUUUGGACCAACUUGUCAAUCUCGCACUACCAACAGAGCAGCCUGAACAAGCACGUUCGACAAAUAUUGCAACCAACACAUCGUUGAUGUGGAAGAUUUUGGACUUUGCUGCACCACGGCGGUCAUCCUUCUCGGGAAAGAGCUCAUUCGAAUCGUCUUUCCAAGACACAAUACGCUUUAGGGACGGGAGCCAGGAUCAAGCGACGUUGGAAGACCCAGAACUGCAGUCCCCACCGGGAGACAUCCAGAAUUCGACGGGAGAAUACUCUGCGCCACCCGAUUGGUUUUCAACCCCCAACACCAGCACAUCUCCCCAAAUAGUCAGACAAAUGGCCGAGGGACCAUCAGAGGAGCAUCAAGAAGAACUGGCAGCCGCACCAGGAGGACAAUCAGAGAACCCGCAAAAUCUGAACCUUCCGGAGCCAUCAAACUGGACAUGGGGACCUGGCGACGCCAACAUCACCUACGAUCCAUGGACACAAUUCUACGAUCGAGCUGGAGCCCAUUCAGGAUGGUGGGAUUUUGGGAAUUUAUGA